CGCCCCGUUUGAAUAAUGGCGGCGGCGGGGGCAGCUCGGAAGGCCUCGGGCUGCUCCGUGUUAACGGAGGAAGAGAUCCGGGAGAGGUGCCGCCUCCCUCACCGAGCUCUCGCUGAUGUUCGGUCUCUGUCUAUUCCUGGAACUUAUCAAGAAAAGAUUACUCACCUAGGGAAUUCUUUGAAGAAUUUUACUCGACUGAAGUCCUUAGAUCUUUCUCGCAAUUCGUUGGUUAGUCUAGAGGGCAUUCAGCAUUUAACAGCCUUAGAAAACCUGAAUCUCUACUACAAUAAAAUAUCCUCCUUAGUGGAAGUUUUCCGACUUCAAACCUUGACCAAACUCAAAGAUGUGGACUUCCGCCUGAACCCCGUGGUAAAGAAUGAAUCCGAUUAUCGUCUCUUUGUCGUACAUAUGCUUCCCAGCCUCAGGCAGUUAGACGAUCGUCCGGUGAGAGACAGUGAACGGAAGGCAUCUCUCUUACAUUUCACUUCAGACCAAGCUUAUGAGUUCAAAUGUCCUUCUCCAGCGGCGGUGGGGACCGACGUCGAAAAGUCCAAACAGAAUCGAUCUGAUCAUCCCAGAACAAAGUACAUCAGUUCCUUGUCAAAGAAAUGCACACUAAUGGAUGAAGACGAUGAAGCAGUUCUAAACCUAAUUGCCAAGUGUGAAUGGGAUUUAAGUAAACCUCCUGGAAUCACAGGCUCCAGUAAAAGAGACUGUGAAGCUGAAUUUCAUAGUUUGCAAGGUUCUGGAGGUGCACUUAGUCCCAAUUUAGGCCAGCAUCUUGUCAGCGAUGCUGUUAAACAAGGCCAGGAGAAAAAGAAAAUAGCUGUCCCCGUGGGACUCUCAGAUGAGAAGUUUACAGGCUAUCACCACAAGGAUCCCAGCCUGAAGUUUGAAGAUGAGAUUGAAGCUUAUCAGAGGUGUUUGCCUCGGGUUUAUUUCACCCCCCAUCCAGAGUCUCAAGGAACAGAUGAACCAUUCAUAGCUUCUCAGAAGACAGUUACAUCUGCUCAAAAGAUCUUGAACACAUUAACGCUUUCCGGACUCCAUUCUACUAGAAAAACACGGAGCCGAAUGGGCCAACCAGUUGUGAAAGAGCAUUAUCAGGAGUGUUUGGAUCGAAGCAGUGACCUCUCUGAUGCCAGUGACGGCGUAGCUCAGCAAGAAGUCUUGGGGAGGGAAGGAAAUAGAAACUCUUCUAAUGCUAAUGGAGCUGAGUCUGGAGAACAGCGGCUGAAGAAUAUAAACACAGUUGCCAGAGCGGAGUCUCCCAGUUGCCAUUCGGGCAUCCAGCCAGUGAGCAAAGAUGCCAUCGAAGCAACACCCUUAGAGGGUCUUUUGGACUUAGUGGACAGAUACUGGACUGGUUGCAGAUCACUGCACUGCAAUGAGAAAUUCCUGGGUCAGGCAAGGCAAAUUUUUUCAGCCACACAAGCGUCUGUAAACAAUCAGGAGACUCAGGCAAUCAUCGAAGAAAUCAACAACCUGAUUUUAGAAAAGAAAGCACUGAAACACCAUCUGUCUGAACAGGACAAGCAGUACAACACGAAGAUCGAUGGGCUGGUGUUGGAACUCACUAAUGCCCAUAAAGAAAUGGAUGCCUUGAAACACCAUUUAGACCAGUCACUGGAAGAGAACAAUAAUUUAAAAAGACUUUUGCUAAAUGCGGAACAGGAUACCAAAAAUGCAGACGCGUCGGCUACGCUAAAUUUGCAGAUUACUGAGCUUCAAAACCACAAUAAGCAGCUAGCUGAGGAAAUUAGCAACUUGAAAGAGCACCUUCAGCACUACGGCAAGAUUCAGGAGCUCACGCAGCUGCUGCAGGAAAGUCACAGCUCUUUGGUCUCUACUAAUGAGCAUCUCUUGCGAGAACUAACGGAGACCCAACGGCAGCACAGGACUGAAGUAGAGCAGCUCUGCUGGAGCCACAAUCAAUUCAAAAAGACUGUGCUGCUGGAACCUCCUCACGCUUCCCUCACCUGAACAGCCACCCGUGAGAAGAAGCCGCGAACUUCAGGGGCCAGCAGGACUUGGGUUCCAGUGACACGCGGCGGCUGUCCUUAACUGAAACCGGAACACUCAUUUUCGUACCUAUAUUUAUUUCAGAUGAUAAUUAAACCCGGAUUUUAUUCUUUUUUCUCCCUUU